AUGACGGCAGACAGACACCAUCUCCCACCUAGAGUCAUGGCCCGGUUGGCCCUGUGCUUCCUUGCCCUCAUGCCCAUCUUCCUCAGCCUGGCAGCCUCCCUGGACUGGGAGGAGGCUGUCCCCAGCCAGGACCCUUUUGAGAGAUGCAUGCACGAUCCUGACUAUGAGAAGCUGCUCAGGGUGGUGACCUUGGGCCUCAAUCGAACUUCAAAGCCCCAGAAGGUGAUUGUGGUUGGUGCUGGUGUGGCUGGGCUGGUGGCUGCCAAGGUGCUCAGCGAUGCAGGACACAAGGUCACCAUCCUGGAGGCGGAUAACAGGAUCGGGGGCCGCAUCCUCACCUACCGGGACCAGAAGACAGGGUGGAUUGGGGAGCUGGGAGCCAUGCGCAUGCCCAGCUCCCACAGGAUCCUCCACAAGCUCUGCAAGAGUCUGGGACUCAACCUGACAAAAUUCACCCAGUACGAUGAGAACACAUGGACAGAAGUGAAUGAAGUGAAGCUGCGGAACUAUGUGGUGGAGAAGAUGCCCGAGAAGCUGGGCUACGCCCUGAGUCCCAGGGAAAAGGGCCACUCACCGGAAGAAAUCUACCAGAUGGCUCUCAACAACGCCCUCAAAGAUCUCAAGGUAAUGGGCUGCAGAAAGGCAAUGAAGAAGUUUGAAAGACACAUGCUUCUGGAAUACCUCCUCGGGGAGGGGAACCUGAGCCAGCCGGCCGUGCGGCUUCUGGGAGACGUGAUGUCCAAGGACGGCUUCUUCUAUCUCAGCUUCGCCGAGGCCCUGCGGGCCCACAGCUGCCUUAGCGACCGGCUCAGGUUCAGCCGCAUCGUGGGCGGCUGGGACUUGCUGCCGCGCGCGCUGCUGAGCAUCCUGCCCGGGCCCCUGCUGCUGAACGCGCCCGUCGUGGCGGUAUCGCAGGGGAAGCACGACGUGCGCGUGCACAUCGCGCCCUCGCGCCGGGCGCGGGGUCCGAAGGAGCUGGCCGGCGACGUGGCGCUCCUGACGGCCAGCGGGUCGGCGCUGCGGCGCGUGACCUUCUCCCCGCCGCUGUCGAGCCAGCGGCAGGAGGCGCUGCGUGGACUGCACUACGUGCCGGCCACCAAGGUGUACCUGAGCUUCCGCCGCCCCUUCUGGCACGACGAGCACAUCGAGGGCGGCCACUCGAACACCGACCGCCCGUCGCGCAUGAUCUUCUACCCGCCGCCGCACGAGGGCGCGCUGCUGCUGGCCUCGUACACGUGGUCGGACUCCGCGGCACAGUUCGCGGGCCUGAGCCUGGGCGAGGCACUGCGCCUGGCGCUUGACGACGUGGCGGCGCUGCACGGGCCGAUCGUGUAUCGGCUGUGGGACGGCACCGGCGUCGUCAAGCGCUGGGCUGAGGACCCGUACAGCCAAGGUGGCUUCGUGGUGCAGCCGCCAACGCUCUGGUACUCCAACCAGGACGAUGGGCAGGACUUCGACUGGUCAGUCCCCUAUGGCCGCAUCUACUUCGCCGGGGAGCACACAGCCCGCCCGCACGGCUGGGUGGAGACGGCCGUCAAGUCCGCGCUGCGCGCAGCCAUCAGGAUCAACAGCCGGGAGGGGCACAUGCGCACGGCCAGCCAAGAGGGGCUGGGGCUCGGGCAGGGCUUGGGGCAGGGACAUGUAUCCGUGCAUUAA